AUGAUCUCAUAUGUGCCUUCCGCACCGAGUCAGGUCACUGUCGAGCGGGCCGGACCACGCGAAGUUACUGUCCGCUGGCGUGCACCAAAAGAUGACGGUGGAGAUGAAAUCAUCGGGUAUAUUGUAGAAAUGCGUGAGUGCCCGGAUUCCACCAUCCAAGGAGAGCCCGUCUCUAGGUGGAUACGUGUCGGACCCAGUCUAGUGCGCCAAAGCACAAGCCUUCGUCUAACAGACUUGAGGCCUGACAUGGACCUUCAGUUCCGAGUAUUGGCGAAAAACCCUGUGGGGUCUAGUGAGCCUUCCGAACUAACUGAGUGGUCGAAACGGAUCAUUAAAGAGCGAUAA